UUCCAUUUGCAAUUGCAAUACCUAUUUCUAUUUCAUUUUAACACGAGCUAAAAAGCUGAACUGUUGUCUCGUAUUUUUAUUAUUUUGUAAAAUAAUUUUAAUUAUAUUGUACAGUGCAAGUCCAUAUUUAUUUAAUUUAAAGAACAAUAAUUGUUCAUUCGCUGUUUAUAAAUAUAAGUGCGUGUGUAAAUAGCAGUUUGUUCUCGAAUCCAAAUAUUCCGCAGUGGUCAACAAAGUUCACAGUCUUCUUUGUGCAAUCGAGGUAAUUAUCAAUACAAAAUGCCUAGGAAAGUUUUUGUAGUCGGUGUUGGUAUGACGAAGUUCGUCAAGCCGAAUAGCGGGAAAGAUUAUCCCGAUUUCGGUAAAGAGGCCGUUUUAGAUGCAUUGGCAGAUGCUGGUAUUAAAUAUGAGAACGUACAACAAGCCGUCUGUGGCUACGUUUUCGGUGACUCCACUUGCGGGCAGCGAGUUCUGUAUCAGGUCGGCAUGACUGGCAUUCCUAUUUACAACGUGAAUAACAACUGCUCGACUGGUUCCAAUGCCCUAUUCCUAAGCAAACAGUUGAUUGAGGGCGGUCUAGCCGAUAUCGUGUUGGCCGUCGGGUUCGAGAAGAUGUCCCCCGGAGCGUUAGCCGGCGGCACUUUCAUGGAUAGGACCAACCCACUGGACAGGCACACUUUAAAAAUGGCGGAAUUGGCUGAGUUAUCAGCCUCCCCAAUGACCGCUCAGUAUUUUGGUAAUGCUGCAAUUGAGCACAUGAAAAAAUACGGCACAACAGAACUUCAUUUAGCAAAAAUCGCAGCAAAGAACCACCGUCACGGUGUAAAGAAUCCACGAGCUCAGAGUACUCGGGAGUACACAGUUGAGGAGAUAUUGAGCUCCCGUAAGAUUUAUGGUCCUCUAACAAAAUUAGAAUGCUGUCCGACUAGUGAUGGUGCUGGAGCUGCAGUUUUGAUGUCAGAGGAAGCAGUCAUCCGCUAUGGACUGCAGAACAAAGCUGUAGAAAUCAUUGGUAUGGAAAUGGCUACCGACACACCUGCUGUAUUUGCUGAGAACAGCUUAAUGAAGGUUGCAGGAUACGACAUGACUGCCCUUGCGGCCAAGAAUAUCUAUGCAAAGACUGGCAUCAGCCCAAAGCAAAUUGACGUGGUUGAACUCCAUGACUGUUUUGCUGCUAACGAAAUGAUCACUUACGAAGGACUCCAGCUGUGUGGAGAAGGUGAAGCUGGGAAGUUCAUUGACGCAGGAGACAAUACUUACGGAGGCAAAGUAGUUGUAAAUCCGAGCGGUGGAUUGAUAGCUAAAGGACAUCCAUUAGGUGCGACUGGAUUGGCUCAAUGUGCUGAACUGGUCUGGCAACUUCGUGGAGAGGCUGGAAAUAGACAGGUGCCGCGCGCUCGCAUCGCGUUACAACACAACUUGGGUUUGGGAGGCGCAGCCGUCAUCACCAUGUAUCGCAAGGGCUUCACCAACGCAUCACCCAACCAGGUCGCCGCCAUCGCGGAGAGCCCCGAGAACUUCAAAGUAUACAAGUACAUGAAGAUCCUCGAGGAAGCCAUGAAGACAGAUGAGGACCAGCUCAUCGAAAAGGUCAGAGGAAUUUACGGUUUCAAGGUUAGGAACGGUCCCAAUGGGGACGAGGGUUACUGGGUCAUAAACGCCAAAGAGGGCAAAGGCAACGUCAGUUACAACGGCAAAGACAAAUGUGACGUCACCUUCACGAUCAACGACGAGGAUGUUGCAGACUUGAUUUCUGGUAAGCUGAACCCUCAGAAGGCCUUCUUCCAGGGCAAGAUCAAGAUCCAAGGGAACAUGGGUCUGGCGAUGAAGUUGACGGAUCUGCAGCGAUCGGCCGCCGGUAGGAUCGACGCUAUUCGCUCUAAACUAUAAAAUAACCGGUUUGUACUGGUAUUUAAACGUCUACACAUGUGCCAACUUCAAAUACCGACCGAUCUAGUUUAUGGUAAUUAAGCUGGAAAUUCGUAUGCACAACACUGUCGGAUCGUUUAACAACUGAAUAGGACAAACAUAAACGUUAAUUUUAGAUAAAAACAAUCAUGAGAUGUUUUUUUGUUUACAUUUUUAAAUAUGUAUGAAUUGAAUGACUGUGCAAACUUUACUAAACAAUUAUACAUUUUGUUUUUGUAAUUUUCUAUUAUCUUCAAAUGAAUAUUUAGAUGAAAAGAGAUCUCUUAGUUGGCUGGAGAAUGAAAAAGGAAAUGAAAAUACUCUUUAUUGUACACUACAAAGAAAUAUACAUACAAUAAAAACAAAAAAAAUACUAAAAAUGCACAAUACGGCGACCUAAAAAUAUAAAGAUAUAGGCUUAGGGUGUACAGAAGUAAUAUAUAAAAGGAAAUAAAAUUUACGCCUAACUAUAAGAAUAUAGUUAAAUAUGUAAAAUACUGAGAACUGGGUAUGUUCAAGGCAUCAAGUUCAUUAUUAAUAACUAGGUUGGAAAGUAUAUUGAGUUGGGACGUGUGUAGAUGUUAUUAGAUGGUUUCCAAUAAGUAAUUGUUAAUAAUUGGGCUAUGGAAAGGUCUUGGGGCAUUUUAUCUGUAAGAAAAAUAGGUCACAAACAGUCUGUUGUUAAAUGAUUUAAAAUUGACACAAUAUAAUUAAAUAUAUCAUUAAUUGUGGUUGCCUUAACGUUUUCCUGUGUACAUAAUGUAAAAACCUCUGGUUUUAUUAUUAUUUAUGGUAAACAAGGAAAUCUUUAAGUCCUCCCCAAUAUGUAAUAAUGCAGUGCAAUCAAUAAUGACUUUUAAUAAUAUGAAUUAUUAUUAUGUAAUAAUAAUCGUUUUAUAUUAUUAGUUUUUCGCGUAUACUUAUCAUUCCAUUUUGUGAAUUGCACAUAUUUAUAAUUAUUAUUAUUAUUAAUUUACAUAAUAUAUUAAUCGUUGGUAGAUAUUUUUCUAUAUUAAAGAUUUUUUAAUAAAAGA